AUGAGAGGCAUCAAGGCAGUCGUGGUAGGCGACGGUGGCGUCGGUAAGACCUGUCUUCUUAUCUCGUACACGACAAACACAUUUCCGAAUGACUACAUUCCAACCGUUUUUGAUAAUUACCUGGCGCUGGUGAUGAUCGAUGGAGAACCGAUAAAACUCGGUUUAUGGGACACAGCAGGCCAGGCCGAGUACGACCGGUUGAGGCCGCUCUCGUACCCCCAGACGGAGAUCUUCUUGUGCUGCUUCUCGGUCGUGAGCCCCGACUCGUUCCAAAACGUCAAGGCAAAGUGGGUUCCUGAGAUCUUGCACCAUUCUCCCAAAGACAUCCUUAUCGUGCUUGUGGGCACCAAGGCCGACUUGAGAGAGGACUUGCACUUGCUUGACGAGUUGGCCGCCAAGAAGCAGAAACCCGUGACUACAGAACAGGCCGAGAAGUUGGCCAGAGACGUUGGUGCCGUGAAGUACAUUGAGUGCUCUGCUGCGACGCAGCAAGGCGUGCUGGACCUUUUUGACUACCUGAUUAGAGCCGUUUUGAACCCGCCGCUGCAGGCGCCUCCAGCCAAGGAGGCCCCGGCACGGCCGCAGCAGCUCUGA